UCCUCUGCAAACAGGUGUGCUGCUGUCCGGGUCAGUUUGACUGAGAAGCCACAGAGAGGUAGCGUCCCCAAACCUGAACCGAGCCUCCUGGACGCGGGACAGCGGGGACCAGAGGAGAAAGACAUCCACCCGUUCAAGUCUGUUCUUUAUUAGCCUGGGCUGUUUGAACGGUUUCAGACAGAGAGAGAGAGGGAGAGGGGGAGCAAUGGCAACGAAAAAGGCGUGCGUGGAGGCACCCAAAAGGAGCCGGAGUCCGGUCGUUUUGGAGGCGGAGAUGUUCAGUGAAUUUCAGGACUGGUGUCUCCGGACUUAUGGAGACUCCGGUAAAACAAAGACCGUCACCCGGCGAAAAUACAACAAAAUCAUGCAGACACUGUUGCAGAACGACGAGUCGGAUGGCGUUUAUGUCGACAACAGCCACAUCAACGCCAAAUUCAAAUUCUGGGUGAAGUCUAAAGGAUUUCAGGUCGGGACCAACGUUUUGGGAGAGCACAACAAGAAAGGAGCUCCAGGGAAGCCCGUUUUAUACGUCCCGGUCAAGUCAACGUGUUCUGAUGGAAAUUCAACCCAGGAGAACUCCUCCCUGAAGCGCGUAGCCGUGGUUGAAGACUUCUUUGACAUAAUCUACGCCAUGCAUGUGGAGAUGGGCGCCGAUCCCGGCAGAGCACCCAAACAUGCAGGCCAAAAGAAGACCUACAAAGCGAUCGCAGAGACCUACGCCUUCCUGCCCAGAGAGGCGGUGACUCGGUUCCUAAUGAGCUGUGGAGAGUGUCAGAAGAGGAUGCACAUUAACCCCAGCACUGCUGAGUUCAAAGAGAACGACAGACCGACCUCGCUGGUCCCGGACCUCAUCGAUUACAACAUGCCUCUGACUGCCACCUACCUGAAACAAAUGAAACUGCAGUGCAUGACUGCCACUGAAAGGGAUGACAGUUCGGUGAGCAGCGAGGAUAUGAACAACGCUGAGCCCACAUGGGUCGCAGCUGAGCAGCCCCCAGUGCCUGAGUUGAACCCACCGAAUGGAGAGAGGGUCAGCAACCCGGCAGCCACCAUUAAAGAAGAAGAUGAUGACGACUCCUCAGAGAGCGGCAGCGCCAACGGGCUGCCGGCUCUGACCUCCCCGGAGGUGCUAGCUGUGGGUGGGAACGUCCCAGAUGGUGGGGCAUCGUACGGGGAGGUAGCAGAGAACGGGGUGAGCGCUCCCCUGGACUUCAGCACCACUUCAUCUUCAUCCUCCUCAGAGGAUCAGCAGCCGGUGAAUCUGAGCGACAGACUGCUGCCAGCGGGGAGCUCGCCACCAAACUCCUACCCUGCAGACCCCAACAGGAAGUACCCCAUAAAAACCGAGUACACCAACAAGUCCCCUCCGUACAGCUCAGGAAGCUAUGACUCUGUGAAAACUGAGCUGAGCAUGAGCGCAGAGGACCUGACCUCUGGUCGAGCACAGAUAAUUGACGACGAUGACGACGAUCAUGAUGACCAUGAUGACAGCGACAAGAUUAAUGACGCUGAGGGGCUGGACCCUGAGAGACUUAAAGCCUUCAAUAUGUUUGUGCGUCUGUUCGUGGAUGAGAAUCUGGACCGCAUGGUGCCCAUCUCCAAACAGCCCAAGGAGAAGAUCCAGGCCAUUAUUGAGUCCUGUAGCCGCCAGUUCCCAGAAUUCCAGGAGCGCUCCCGCAAGCGCAUCCGCACCUACCUCAAAUCCUGUCGCCGCAUGAAAAAAGGCGGUUUUGAGAUACGACCAACACCUCCCCACCUCACCUCUGCCAUGGCUGAGAACAUCCUCGCUGCCGCCUGCGAGAGCGAAACCCGAAAUGCUGCCAAGAGGAUGCGGCUCGAUGUCUACCAAGCGACGGAUGAGCCAGCCUCUAUUGACAAACCCAUCUUGAGGGACCCAGCCCCCGUGGCUCCUUCGGGAUUUUCCAUUUCCAGUGCAGCUUUUGCCCAAGACCAGCUCUACACCAACGGAGGCCUCAACUAUAACCUGCGGGGAUAUGGGACGGUCGGCAGCACCCAGCAAAACUCUGAUGUUGUGCAAACCAACGGUCCCACAGAUCUGAGUAUGAAAUCUGUCGGCCCAAACUCCUCCUCCUCCUCCAGCUCCAACAGUCACGGUCAGGGAGGUGGCGGAGGCGGCGCUUCCGCUCAGCUCAGCCCUCCAGAGGUGACAGCGGUGAGGCAGCUCAUCGCGGGGUACCGGGAGUCUGCGGCCUUCCUGCUCCGCUCAGCAGAUGAGCUGGAAAACCUGAUCCUGCAGCAGAACUGAGUCCGAGCCACACCGUGCCAGCUCCCUGCCCCCUCCUCGGCCUGUCCGUCUCGGGGCAGACUCUCACAUACAAAGACACAGUUGUACAAGUGAUACUGCAGCGCACAGUGGGCCCUGUAGGUAUGAUACUUAUCCCCACAUGUUUAUGUCUUUGGGCGGGCCAGAACAUAUCACAGGCUGAAAGAUGUUUAUUUAUGCAUUUGGUUCACUUUGACCUUAUAGUGCCCUGUUAUCUGUAGCCAUUCAUCCCAUUCAAUUCAUCUUAGCACCUCAACCUCCAUUUGUCUCAGGAAGCGAUGAUCUAUGUGAAAAAAAAAAAGGAAAAUAGGAAAAAUUGGUGCACAGAGUGAGGUGUUGAAUCAGCUUAACCACCGUAACGCCAAGUCAACUCAUUUGUGCAGACGUUUGGACAAAUGAAUAGUUUCCUAGCAGUAAAUUAGCAUCAUUAUUUCUUUCUAUUUGUGUGUAAAAUAUGCUGUACAGUGGCAUGAUUUGAUUGGGUCAUGUGAAUCGAGUCGUUUCUAAAUGAUAACCGGAUAACUGAAAGUCCACAGAUGAAUUGCUGCUAAAAGAUGUGGCGACCUGCCACUUGACCUGUUAACCUCAACAGCUACUGUCGGAUAUGCUGACUUUCAUAUAUAUAUAAAUAUAUAUAUAUAUACUCCAAAAAAAAAUAAGAUUAAAAAAUGUUACAAAGUAGAGCACGAAAAUAUCAGCAGUGACAGUGUUUGACAGUUUUCACCUGUAAAGUUUGACCAAAACAAGCAGAUCCAUCAACGCGUGGUCAAUAUUAUACCUCUGUUCUGCUCGGUCGGAGUGAUUUCCAGACUACGAGACAAAGACUCAUUACCCAGCGCACCUUUUUGUUUUCACUUAUCCUACUAUGAAUAUUUCUAUCACGGGCAGUUUCUCAUUACUCAAAGGGAAGGAGGCUUUUUCGGAAGCCUGGGUAUGCAAAUUGAGGUCACAGACUCCUGUCAGGGAGAGAAAGGAGAUGAAUUUAUUGUUUAGACUCUUGGUUUUAUAACCAGAAAAGUGGAAAAAGGUGCAAUAUUGAAGAUAAUCGGUAAUGGUUGCUGAAAUGACUUGAUGAGGCAUUUUAAGAGGGUUAACUACCCUCCCCUCUUGCUGUAACUGUCAAGUUGUAAAAAGUAAUGAUAUCCCAUGCAGCAUUGUAGCCAAUUUCAAUGUUGUUGUUUGUUGUGAUUACUGAUCUUUAUCGCUAACCUCAUAACUGAGGCACUUUCGUGUACUGGGAUCAGUCAGUGACAAAAAAGGAAAAAAGGGACCUGGCAGAAAAAAACGGGACUUUAUGUUGCACGUCUUUUUCAGGGGAGGGCGGGUUGUUUUGUGGAGGAAGUGUUUAGUGACUAUUCUUACGUUUAGAAAGGGCACAUAGAGCUCACAUGCAUCCAUUAGAGACUGCGGUGGAGGCCGUGUGAGCGCGCGAGCGGGCGGGAUGUUCAGACAAAAAGAAACUCCUUCGUCUGGGCGCGCGUCUGUCUGAAUCGUCCCCUCUGACCCUGCAUCACAGUCUCAUUACAAACACGUCUGAAAACACACAGUUUGAAAAGAAGCAAGAGACAAUCUUUGAAAAAGAUGUAAUCACAUCACAGUUUACUCUCCCAGCUCUCUGCUAUGGUGUGUGUAUGUGUUUAUGUUUGUGCAUGUGUGUGGACUGAGGACACAAAUGAGUACUCAAAGCCGAUCAAGAGCACAGCCUCACAACUUUUAAUGGUGAGUCACUCAGCACAAAGACAGUUCUGUAUGUGUGUGUGUGUGUGUGUUUCUUUUAAUCCUUUCUGUCGAUGUUGACAGUGUGUUGAUUUCCUGUUUGUGUAUAAGUGGAGUGACCCAGUUUGUAAACAGCAUCAAUCUGUGACGAUUUAAUUCAGUAGGCUGAAACAUUCCAGACAAAGACUCUUCGAGCAGCUGAAAGCGGCUCGCACCUUACUGAUUUGUCAAAGUUUAGAGAGCUAUAUUUCUGUAUGUAUCACAAAUCCUAUCACAUGUAUCAUUAAUCAGUCUCUUCAGGGUCAUUCACCUCUUUCUCACCACCUGCAGGCCUGGCUAGUGAGUCGGGACCUGUGUUUUAUUACCAUGUCAUGAUUGGGCUGCAUUCACAUUUACAUUCACAUUUAAAUUCUAUUAUCUAUUGCAAGUUUGGAAGCACUUUAUAGCUCAGGAUUAAGGUAACACAAUGAUUUGAGUGUGUUUUUACCUCAUUUGAAUAAUUAGCUUCAGUUCUGACAAAUGAUUAUAACAAAGGAUAAUCUGACAUAAGUCACAAUCAGAGGUAGUUUUCAUCAAGAAACAAAAAAACAAAACAAAAAACAAAACAGCAGACAGCUCCUUUAUCGGAGUUUAAACUCAUCAGUGUGUUUGGUCCAUCUGAGCGGUGUUUCAUAACAGAGGAAAGAAGCAGGGCUUGUUAUGAAAGGCCUGAAUAAGCCUUGUUGGAGACCAUCCCUAAAGCUGAUAAUGACCAAUCAGAUUUCUUUCACUUCUUCAGUUAAGGUCCCCAAGGGGCUGGAGUGCUAACCACUGUGCUGCACCUAGUAAAGUCUUAGCUUUGGUAAAGUCCGACUUCAAACUUUAGUUUGAUUAGUUCAUAGAUAAGAAAACAGAAAAGUAGCUGUAACGUUCGUGGCUGAAAAACCGUGAAAGAUAUAAUAAAGAGAUUUAAAAGAAAAAUUUCAGCAAAGUUAAAAAAAAAAGGUUAGCAGUGGCCUCUGGGGCUGAACAAUGAAGUCGCAGUUCAAGAGCUGUUCUGUCUUUUGGCCAAGGUAUAGCAAACACUUUAAAAAAUGACUGAAAAAACAUCAAAGCUAAUCGCACUCAGCGGCCUGAAAUUAGCAGAGAAAUGUACGAGUUAGUCUGAAAUCUUUUCAACUUUUAUAUACUUUAGUUAUGAUUUCCUUGACAUGUAACCAAGGAGCCAGAUUGCUUUCAGACUUAAUUAGUUAGACCUACAGCUGGCCAGAGCAAUGAAAUUUGUUAUACAGCACUGAAGCUGGGCUACAGCUUACAGGUGUGCCAGUCAUCCUAAUAAACCUGCUUUUUACAGAGUAGAUGGUCAUGAUUGGCUAGAAUGGGCAGAACUGGAAACAUUUUAACCAAGUGGCAAAAAUAGCAGAAGUGCCAAAAACUGCAGUUCCUCUAGUGACCACUUGAGGCUGUAAAGCUCAAAGUUAGGGGAUGUAAUCAGAGUCUGCUAGGCCUCACCCUGGCUAUUUUGUGUUAUCGCCAUCUUUUUGUUGUUCGUGCCUUCUGUAGAAUUUUUAAUGGGGAUAUCUGAGACAUUUUAUUUUUUGCUGCGCAGUGCAAAUAUCCAGAAAGUUGAUUGGCACGUUAAAUUCUAGUGUUUUAUUAACUAGAUGAAAAGUGUGUCUAUGCUUGGACUUAUUUGGAUGCAGUUUUUGUCCCAGGCUUGCUGAUAUCUCAGCAAUCUGCCUUCUUAUCCACAUACGAUCACUUCUAGCUCCAAAAAUCCCAACAUAUCUCAGUCAAAAUGGUUAAACUGAGGCUUCACAAACCAAUUAAUCAUAUGAGAGCCAUCUUUUAUAUGGAGUUUAUGGUUUAAGCCUCCUAAAGGUGAGUGAAUUCGUGAUGUUGCUGAAACAGCCUUGGUUUAACUGGUCAUCUCACUUUAUGAAACACCCCUCUGGGCUCACACAGACAUAAUCAUAGAUGUACACGGGACCUGAGUCCUCACACACGUCUUCCUCGUCUCCUCCAACCUGCUUGUUUGUUACUGUAGCCAUAGCAGAUCCUCCACAUGUGACGCCUUGUUGAACCUCGUCCCAUCUUCACAACCAAACAUUUGCUUGCAGAUCGAUAUUCUGUCUCAAGUCUACGCUGAGCAACAUUUUAGCUGUGCUAGAGUUACUGUGAUCAACGACAACCAUUAGUUGUCAUGUUGUUGUUUUUGUUUUGUUCCGUUUUGGUUUCUUUUGAUAAUGCCCAAUGGAUUUUCUCUUUGUAUUGACUGGACAAUGUAAUCUAUUGGUGUUGAUUAAAAUGCCCUGGUAGCUUGUGGAUUGCUAAAGUGGUCUGAUAAAUGUACUGUAUAGCUGUACAAAGAGUGAUAAAAGAUGUUUUAAACCUUUUCUUUUUUCUGUGGGUACAGCGCUGUUUAAAAAAAAUCAAAGUGGUUUAGCCCUUGCCUGUUUUAACUUAUCAUUUGGUGGUGGUCUGUAUUACUUCUAUUGUUAUUUAUAUUAUUUCAACUGUUGCCUCUUCUGCACGGAUAAGUGACUGUAGCUCUGUGCAGGAGGUUGUACUGUAAACCUGUGUGAAGCUUUGUAUUUUUCCCCUCUGGUUUUGGACUCAGUGAAAGUGUGAUGUUUACAUGUACAGUUUUUCAGAAUAUUUUGCUUUUGUUUGUUUUUCGCGUUUUAUUCCGACAUACUUUUGCCUCUCACACUUAUUCCUCUCCUUCUAAUCUGUGUACAUUUGCCCAGGUAUUUUCCUUUUGUUGCUUCAUUGCAUCAAGUGCAGACGUGACCUCUUUGACUACCUGGUCACAUGGUCAGAGUGUGCCGUGACAACUCGCUGCGGUCGGCUCGGCGUUGUGGUGGCUUCCAGCAUUAUAAAAGUCAAUAUUAAGUAAAACGGGAGCUUCGCAACUUCUCAAAGUGGACCAGCAAAGAUUAAUUAAGGAUUUCGAUUACUUUAAUCAGCUGUUUUAAACUACUAUUGUGGCCUAAAUGGAGAACGGUGGAGUGUAGGUACAUUUAUUUUGCUACAUGAAGUGCUCAUAAUCUUUUAAUAUCCCGGCCGCGUUGUCAGGGAAAACUCCUUGUCCUUAACCGACAGGUGUCCUGAAAGGUACACUUUGACCUGUUGUAAUAUCUCCUCGGUAACAUAAAAGCCAUUCCCCUCUCCUGGCCUUUUAAGGGGAACCCAUAAACCUCAGGUAAUACUGAAUCUCCAAGUUUAGUUUUUAUCCGCUGAUUUCCUCUGAAAUGAGAUUUAAAUCUCUUAACGAAAACCAUUAACAUUUAUAUGAGAUGUCUAUUGUUUUGUACAUUUAUCAUUGUGAUUUAAAAGUGGAGCUUUUUCCAGUACCUGUGACUUAAUUUUUUGGAGUGUUUAUAGGUAUGGAUAUUUAUUAUUAUAUGUGAAACUACAAAAAGACAAAAGAAAAAGGUUGAACCUGUUUCAUUUGUAUGUUUCAUGCAAAACUGUCCAGGUGAGAUUCUCUCUGCCUCUUACAUAUCACUAAUGAGGGACCUGUGUUUGUUUGGAAAUAGCGCUUUUUCAGUGUUGCAUCAACGCUAUGAAAAAAAAAAAACACCAGUGGUUUACCAACAGCAGAGUUGCAAGGCUCUCCUCUUCUCCUGAGAUGUCAGUAAUUGAAUAAAACAGUGCGAUGAGCUAUCAAACUGAAA